AUGGCUGAAAGCGAGCUACUUGCGCAGUCCCCGAGUUUCCGUCAACCUUAUGCUCUACUUGAGACUAUAACCUAUGUGUAUUUGGUGCCCCGUCUCCCACCAGUACUGUCUUCCAGUAACGAUAUUCAUCGACGUUUCCCAGUGGCCUGUUUGUUUUAUUCUCGGGUAAAGUCCUCUGGUCGUCUGUCCUGUAUGGACCUAGGUGCGAUCGUUACAUUUGAUGUUGUAGGCGUAGACCCUGGUUCUGCUCGCCCGGAGGCGGUCCUCUCAGUGCAAAGGACAGAAUUGUUCCCUUCUCUUAUGCCGCCUCAUGCUUUAGUUGAUACGAUACUCGAGAUAUCGCGAUACAUGGAUAGACGUAAUACACUACUCAUAAGGUUGCUGAAAAUUCUUCGACAGCCCACGACCAGUUUCGCCCAUCUUGGAGCUCAUCAGGUCCGUGGUUCGAACCCAACCUCUGCCUCUCAACUUCUCCUGUCCAGGCUUGAGCGACCUGGCAGUAUCCCAGCUCUUGUGCAACCUUUGGGUGGCAUGGCAUUUAGGCACCGAAAGGCCUUCAACAAUUACAUUCAUUUGAAAAUCAACUUUGUUUUCACUAGAGACCCCACUAAAUCUCUUGUUUAUGAUAUUCUCCAACUGAAUGUGCUACACACAGGCCACCUCAUGUUUCAAUUGGCACGAUAUUCGAGAUAUCGCAGCAUAAUUUCAUAA